CGGUUUUUUUCCAGCGACUCUAUUGUGACGUCCAAACUCCUGGGCUCCAGGCUCACUUCGGAGUUGGUCCCCGCCUCCCGCCUGCUCCCCUCUGGCCCGGGAAGUCGCGAGUGCCCCAGUUGUCGCCUGAGAAAUUCACUUGGGGACCGCGGGUCGCGCAGCCUGCGUGGGAGUAAUUGACGGCGAUGAAGCCGUCUUGGCUGCAAUGUCGCAAAGUCACCGGCGCCGGAGGACUUGCGGGACCCCUGCCCGGGUCUUCUCUAGCCCGGGGAGCCGGCCAGGCCCGCAGGGCCUACGUGGCCCCCGGCCCGCGAGGCGCUCUCGGGGGCCGGGGCUGCCGCGCGUUGUCCUCCGGCGGUGGCGGCGGUGAGUACAAGACUCACUUCGCGGCCUCAUUGGCGGACCCUGAGAGGUUCUGGGGCAAAGCCGCCGAGCAGAUCAGCUGGUACAAACCCUGGACCAAAACGCUAGAGAACAGACACCCUUCCACCAACUGGUUUGUGGAAGGAAUGCUUAACAUUUGUUAUAAUGCCAUUGAUCGUCAUAUUGAAAAUGGUAAGGGAGAUAAGAUUGCUAUCAUCUAUGACAGUCCUGUUACAAAUACUAAAGCAACUAUUACCUAUAAAGAAGUCCUGGAGCAGGUCUCUAAGCUGGCUGGUGUUUUGGUCAAGCACGGUGUCAAGAAAGGUGACACUGUGGUCAUCUACAUGCCCAUGAUCCCACAGGCAAUAUAUACCAUGCUUUCAUGUGCAAGGAUAGGAGCCAUCCAUAGUCUUAUAUUUGGGGGAUUUGCAUCCAAAGAACUAAGUAGUCGCAUUGAUCAUGCAAAGCCCAAGGUGGUUGUCACAGCAUCAUUUGGCAUUGAACCUGCAAGGAGGGUAGAAUACAUACCACUUCUAGAAGAAGCGCUGAGAAUAGGACAACACAAACCAGAUAAAGUCCUCAUUUAUAAUCGUCCAAAUAUGGAGACAGUUCCUUUGGCUCCAGGUCGUGACCUUGAUUGGGAUGAAGAGAUGGCAAAAGCACAGUCACAUGAUUGUGUUCCUGUUCUUUCGGAACAUCCGCUGUAUAUUCUUUACACAUCUGGAACAACAGGGUUGCCAAAGGGUGUGGUUAGGCCCACUGGGGGAUAUGCUGUAAUGCUAAACUGGACAAUGUCUUCUGUAUAUGGACUUAAACCUGGAGAGGUGUGGUGGGCAGCUUCUGACUUAGGCUGGGUUGUUGGGCAUUCCUAUAUCUGUUAUGGACCUCUUCUUCAUGGGAACACAACAGUUUUAUAUGAGGGGAAGCCUGUGGGAACACCAGAUGCUGGAGCUUAUUUCCGUGUGCUGGCAGAGCAUGGAGUAGCUGCCUUGUUUAUAGCGCCGACUGCAAUUAGAGCAAUCCGUCAACAGGACCCCGGGGCAGCCUUGGGGAAGCAGUACUCUUUGACAAGGUUUAAAACAUUGUUUGUGGCUGGAGAACGAUGCGAUAUAGAGACCCUGGAAUGGUCCAAAAAGGUCUUCAGAGUACCCGUCCUAGACCAUUGGUGGCAAACUGAGACUGGAUCCCCAAUUACAGCGUCAUGCAUUGGAUUAGGUAAUUCUAAAACACCUCCUCCAGGACAAGCAGGAAAAAGUGUCCCAGGAUACAAUGUUAUGGUUUUGGAUGACAACAUGCAAAAACUGAAGGCUCGGUGUUUAGGAAAUAUUGUGGUAAAGUUGCCAUUACCACCUGGGGCUUUUUCAGGACUCUGGAAGAAUCAGGAAGCAUUCAAGCACUUAUACUUUGAAAAGUUUCCUGGAUACUAUGACACCAUGGACGCUGGUUACAUGGAUGAAGAAGGCUAUUUGUAUGUUAUGUCUCGAGUUGAUGACGUGAUAAAUGUUGCAGGUCACAGGAUUUCUGCAGGUGCCAUCGAAGAGUCAGUCCUUUCCCAUGGCAGUGUGGGCGACUGUGCCGUGGUUGGCAAGGAAGAUCCUUUGAAAGGUCAUGUCCCCUUAGCCCUCUGCGUGUUAAGAGAAGGUAUAAAUACAACUGAGGAACAAGUUUUGAAAGAAAUUCUGAAACAUGUUAGACAGAGCAUCGGCCCUGUGGCUGCUUUUCAAAAUGCUGUAUUUGUCAAACAAUUACCCAAAACUAGAUCUGGCAAAAUUCCCCGAUCAGCUCUGUCUGCCCUUGUCAAUGGGAAGCCUUAUAAGGUAACGCCUACAAUUGAAGACCCCAGCAUUUUUAGGCACAUAGAAGAAGUGCUGAAGAAAGCAUCAUGACAUUUUCUUUUUCGAGUCAAUUUGAGUCAGUUUUUUAAUUGAAGUCAAGUUUUUAUUUUCCAGAAAUAAAUAUUUAAAUAGAAAUUACUUGCAAACUGAAAUGUGAAUUGUGACGCUUGGUCAAAAAAAAAAUGCAUUUGAAGACUAGUGAAGGACAUGCAUCUUCUGUUUGAUUAGACCCAAUUAGCAUUGUUAUCAAUUAUCCGUAACAUGGCUCAUUAUAAAGUUGUCUAGAAAUUUUAGAAAAGCAUAUCUAAUGUAUGAUUUUAAAAAAUUGUACCCCCCCCCCAAUUUUUAAUUGAAAGUGACUUCCUUAAAAUAGUAAUAUGCAGCUUUGAUCUAAAACCUAAGACUCAAGUUGAAGUCAGGAAAUUCUUACAAUUUUUCUUACAGAAAUUUGGAAUACUUUCUAAUUUUCUUGAGAUGCCCACACACAUGAUUAUUUUAAAUGAAAUGGGAAGUUUUAGGUAAUUGUCUAAUCAGAUGAUUUUCUAGGUAAAAGGACCUGUCUGGUCACACAUUUCCUAAGGGAGUGAUGGAUACCAGGGCAUAGCUCUGUCCUCAGGUCAUUUGUUACUUAGUCCAGGGAAAUCACUGGCCUGGCAGAGAGCCUAGAAGUCCUUUAAUCCUUUCUCUUGGUCAUGGAGAUGAGGGCUCUUUGCAGCCCCUCCUGUCUCCGUUCUUAGUUGACUGAGUACUUAAGGAUUCCAGCUUCUUAUGGAAACAAGGGAAUGAUAUAGAAAUGGGAUAUACUGGCAGAGAAAGCUUGUAAGGAAAAAAAUAUAAACAUUUUAAUGCGAUCAGGACGAGUUCUUAAGAGAAACCAAAAAAAAAAAAAUCUAGAUUUUUAUGUGAAAUCUCUAAUUUUAAAAUGACUCGCUAAAAAAGAUAUUGUGACAUCCAAACACAUCUUUCAUGUAAACUUCUAUAAAACUAUUGAGCAUUGAAAAAAAUUGAAAAUGGUUCUUUGUUAAUAAGCUUAUGUCAAUGUAGCAAUUAACCGGAGUAGAUAUAGAUAAGUAAAUAUUUGUUUUAUGUAGGGCUCUACAGAAUACCAGUAAUCAAAGAAUACAUUUAAAUGCAAAAAUAUACUAUACCCAUUGAGUCUUUGAUGUUACUCAAAGUAUUCCUUCAUCUUUUAGUCCAUCAGGAACAUUAUUAUCAAGAGCAACCAUCUUAACAUAAUGGUCUGGGUACAUGAAAUACAUGUCAAAGAUAAUAGAUGAGAGCUUAUUUACUUGCUUUUUUCAUAAAAAUCACCUACAACCUGUAGAAAGACAUUUUGAAAAUGUAUGCUUUUUUGGGAGGUGGGGUGGGGACCAUAGGCUAUAAUACAAAUGACUUCUUAAAGUCAAUUCUUAUUUGCUUAAAUUGGCUUUUUGAUUGUUACACCUGGAAAAAAUACACUCAUCUAAUUGUUCCCAUUAAUUUUCUUAGUAGCUUAAACUAGCUAGCCAUUCAGCUUAUAAUUUGAAGCUGUUGAGUGCCUUGAGCUGUUGCUUCUGUUGGGUACAUUUUAUCCAUGAUCACAUCUAUAAUCUUAACAAAUAAUCUAUUUUUAAUGUCUUAGCAUUAAAUUGUAUUACCUUAUUUUUUUCAUAUAAGAUUCACUUAAUUCAAAAUGGCUAAUGCUUCACCUGAAAGUAUCAUUUGCGAGGUAUAAACUCAAGGUAUAUUGUACAGAUCCAAGAAGUAUAUAAAGGUUACAUCUUUGGUCCUCUUGCACAUUUUUCCUGGUAAUCAUAUCUAAAGGGACAAUUCAGCAAGCAGGCUUGAGCUAUAUUCCAGUUGAGUGGGAAGAAAACAAUGCACAAGACUGGGCAAGUAGCUUUUUCUUGUAUCUGGUUGAGGAAAUUUAUCUCCUUUGCAGGAUCAGAGAAAGUACUGUUACUUUCAUAUGAGUAAACGUGCUUAAAGUUUGGAAGGAAAAAGGAAUUUUCUGUUUUAAUACUAACUGUGAAGCACUUUUACUGGAUAGUACCUAAAAUAUUCUGAAUUAAAUGUAUCUUUAAAAAUAACAGUAUGUUAUUAAAAAUGCAAUCAUCUUUAAAUAUGCUGAAAUAAAUCUCCAUGAUAUUUUAAA